AUGAUUCAAAGAGAAAUAGAGAUAAAGUUAAGAAAUACAAAAUUAAAAUUCUAGAUCCAAUACAGACCUGAAUAAAAAGUAAUUGAUAUCUUAAACAAAUUAAUUUUUGAUUUGAAAUUGCCUUAAAAUACUUCUAUUCCAAAAUUAUAUUAUAAAGGAGCAUGUUUAGAUAAUUCUAAAACAUUGGAUCAAUAAGGAAUUAUUUAAAUUAAUAUAGAAGCUGAAGUAGAAUUUAUUGAAAAAAUUGUGGUCACUGUUAAUAAUUAGAUUUUGGAUAAAUAAAAUCUUAAAUGUGAAAUAAUUACUUCUUUGAAUGAAUUAGGUUCUAUUCUAUUAAAGAAAUUAAAUUUUAAUUAAGAUUAUUAUGUUCGAUUUGCCAUGGAUGGACGAGAAUUAAAUAAGGCAAAGAAUUUGAUUGAAAUAGCACCAUGGGAAAAUUUGACAUUUUAAAUAUUAUCCCAUAAUUAUUUCAUAUAUGAUUCAGCAUAAUAUUAACUAGAAAUAGAUGUUACAAAAUCUAUAUAGAAUUUAUGUGAAAUGAUUAGUCAAAUGAUAAAUAUCAAUAGUGAUUAAAUUCAAAUAGAUUCAUUUAAUAAAGAGGAUCCUUUCUAUUACUAUCAAGUAAAUCCUAAUACAGAAUUGAAAUUACGUAUUGAAGAUAUUCAAAAUAAUAAUUAAGUUACUAUUUCAAUUGUCUAUGGUCAAAUUACACAUUAAAUGAAAAUAUUAAAAGAUGAAAAAUUAGAAACAUUAAUAAAUAAAACUAAAACAUCCUUUUUCCCUCAUAAUUACUCUUCAGUUAAUGUAAAAUUGGUUUUCAAUGGCAUAGAAUUAGCUAAUAAUAAUACUAUUAAUUCAUAUUAAAUAGUAAAUAAUAGUGUUAUUUAAUUGAUUGUAACAAAUAUGUUAGAGAAAAUCUAAAUUUGUAUUUAAAAUAAAGAAAAUCCAGUACUUAAAAAGAAAACUAAAAUAUCAUUAGAUGAAUAAUUGUCUUGCAUAGAUAGAGAUGUAUUUUUUAAUAAAUAAAUGGACUAUUUUUAUUAAGAUAAAUAAUUAGAUAAGAAAUAAACAUUUCGUUAAUAAUAAAUAACAAAAAAUGAUACUAUCAUUGAAUAUAAACCAAUAGAGGGAGUAUAACUAUUAAUAAAGUUCAAAAAACUUGAUGAAUAAAAUCCAGUUGAAGUUUAAGUACAAUCAAAUGAAUUAUUAUCUAAAUAUAUUUAUUAAUUAAUUGGAAGAGAAACUAAUGAUGUAUGGGUGAGUUGUAAAAAUUAAACAAUUAAUGAUAUUAAAUAAACAUUUUCUGCCCUAUAAAUUUAGAAUGAUUUGAUAUUUUAUUAACCUUAAUAAAUUCUAUUGAAAGUAUAAUAUAAAGAUAAUCUAUAUGAUAUUUAUCAAAAAAGAGAUUUAUGUGUAAUAGAUUUAUAUAAUAAUCUACGAAAUUAUUUUGAAAUAGAUGAAUAAUAAGAGUUUGAAUUAUAAUAUGGGAAUGAAAUUGUUUAAGGUCAAUUAUUGUGUAAAAAAUUAUGGGCAUCAUGUUAAGAAUGUUAUAAAAUUUUACUUAUAGAAAAUGGUUAAAAUGAUAGAAAUACUAAAUUAUAUAAGAUUUAUUUUAUAAAUUAAGACAAAUAUAUUGAAUUAAAUAUGAAUCCAGAUAAAAAAAUAGGUGAUUUAUAAAGAGAAUUCUUAUAAAAAUAAGAAUAUCCUAAAAAUUAACCUAUUGAAUGUUAUAUGAAAAAUAACACAAACAUAACACUUAAUAAAGAAGAUCUAUUAAAUACCUUGAAUGAAGAUGAACUUUAAAUUUAAGUGAAAGAUAUUAUUAAUUUAAGAGCAUAUGAUAAAAUUAAAGAAGAAGAAUCUUAUUAUGAAAUUGAUUUCAAUUCUAAGAUAUCUUCUCUAUUAUAGUGUCUAAAAUUGGAUGGUUUUAAUUGCAAUUUCUUUUAUAGAAAUUAAUUAGUUAAUUAAGAUAAAACUUUUUAAGAAAUAGAAUUUUAGGAAAUGGAUACAAUUGAAUAUGAAAUUCUAAAUAAGAAGAUUUCAUUAAUUUAAAUAACUCUAAUUCAAAAAAAUUAAUAAGAAGAAAUUGAAUUAGAUUAAGACUUAACUAUUAAAGAUUUAAGACAAAAAUUAAAUAUUAGAACUAUAGAUGAAGCAGAAUUAUUAUUAAAUAAUCAAACUACAACUAAAGAUGAAUAAAAACUAAAAGAUAUUGCAAAAGAUGGGAAAUUAACUUUAACACUAAAAGAAAGAAUUAUAAAACCUUAAUAACAAAAUAAAUGCGCUUUAAUUAUAUCUAUUAAAGAUAUCAAAUAUCAAAUAGAAUUUGAGUAAAAUAAAAAAGUAGAAGAUUUAAGAUUAUUUAUUAUAAAUCAAUAUCAAUAAUAAAAUGAUAUUGUUAUUAGAUAUGGUAAAACGAUUUUAAAUCCUUCUGAUCCUAUUCCUAAUUAACCUGAUCUUCUUAUUGUUUCUCCAUUUACAUUAAAAGUGAUCAUAAAAAUCAAUAAAUUAAAUCAAAUCUAAUAAAGAUAAUUUAAACCUAAUUAAAAAAUUGGUGAUAUUAUCUAAGAUUUUGUUAAUUAAUAUAAGAUAAAAAAUAACUCUACAAAUUUGGCAUGGAAUGGUUAAAUCCUAGAUGUUAAUAAAACUCUUAAAGAAUCAGGAGUAACAGAUGGUACCGAAUUGAAUCUAUUGAUUUGA